CAAUCCACGACGCCCACCAUGUACUUCCGCCACCAAGUCCGGCGGCUUGCGACCAAGGAGGCGGUGUACCUGCACCUCUCGCCCUGCGGCGACUGGUGGCUCGGCAGCAGCAUGUACGCAGCGAAGCACCUCUCGAGCGACUACGUCAAGUCGCUCCGCCUGCCGGACGCCGACGUCGAGGCUGUCCUACAGCAGCUGCCCGACGACGCCUUUCGCCGCAUGUACGACGAUGGCACGCUGGACCCGCGCCUUCUGCCCACGGCGCCGGUGACACCGUAGAGCUCUCGUCACCGCUGCAUGCAAGCGGCAGGCUGUCUCGCCAUCGCCAUCAUCUAUUGUGCUUCAAUGCAGUGGCUUUGCGUCUUUGGACAUUGCGACAACUGCUGCGUGGUACGCUCACGCCACAGCGUUGACGUGCUUUGACAUGGCCGAAACGACGCACUGUAGCUAUCGUCGUCGCACGGGCGCCACGUUGUCGGCGUGUCAUUCAUUGUAUCAGGAGCAAGCCCAUCACCAUCUCCUCCAUGCAUGCAACAGCGCCAGCAUCCCCACUGGGUGGGCAUUUCGCGUCUAAUUGCCAAUUCGGCCAAUGUAAGUCAAGAGUACAAGCACUCGAUUGCGUCUACGGCCUCUGGAUCCAAGUACACAGCUCCCUUCUGCGCGGCCCAGUACAUUCAAAUCUCACAUUCC